GAUCGUGAGACAAUUGACAAGCCUCAUUUCACCUUAACCACAUCGACUCUACUGCGGAUCAGGGGCUUCACUCCUACUGUCAUCCUAACUUUCCCCAUUUACCAUUCGGAACUUGUCGAAACCUUGUGUUCUGCAUUGUCACGAUCUGCCCCGUCGUCUUAGACACAAAACUCGUCCGUUCCUUGCCGUUACUAUUCCUGUACAUCCUGCGGACUGCUCUGAUUCCUUCGCCCGAAGUCGACAAUACAUAGAAACGAUCCUCAGAUAGCAGAUCGACAAAAUCCGGACGAUCCGUCUCUUGGUGCGAAGAAGAUCCGAUUCGGUCCCUUUUCCCCACCGAAACACCAGCGACAAACACCUCUGCUUUGUGUUUUCCCUCUCUUGUCAGGUAAAACUUGGCAUCGACGACUCUAGAUUACAUCGCUCCGAGCUAGCACUCGAUGCUCGACCAUGCGAUCAUGACCUACGGUGGAGGACAUUCAGACGGGCUCGACCUCGCAAUUCCGAGUCCUGGAUCACCGCCCGGCAUGACUACAUCAGCUAUUACUUCUAGGGCGUCAUCUGUACGCUCAUUUAAUUCAGAUGAGGGUGACGAUACCAUUGCGGCAGAUGUUGCUCACUUUGAAGAGAUUGGGCUCGAUGAUGAUGUCGCCUCUAUUGACCAUUCUCAUUUCCGUGAUACCCAGAUUAAAUCAGCUCCCAAUCCUUACAGCGCCUCCUUCGCCUCAGACCUUCGUGCUGCGUCCACAAAACAUGUCGGCCCUAAGAUUCAUCCCCAGACCCGUGACUUAGCUCGCCCGCGCCCGCGGCCACAGCUCCGUACGGCAGCCUCUUUUUCGGGGUCACGUCCUGGAGCUCCGACCCUGACCACACAAUUUCGUGAUACUAGUACUCGCAGUCUCAGCACGGGCAUCGGCCCCGAGCCUCAAUCAAGUCCUUUGCCGAUCCGUGGUCUCUCGGUACGAUCUUCUUCAUCUGCAACUGCGUCUCGUCGCCGUCGAAGUCCCAGCCCAAGCGUUAAUCUCUCGGCCCGUUCGCUUAGUCCCCGAGACAAUGGUUUGGUUGUGCCGAAGCCACGUCGAAGUAGUUGGCAAUUGGGACGAGAGCCGAAGUCGGCGAUUGAUCUGGAAAAGGAGUGCGACGACGACGAUGACAACAUCCCGGAUGAUCUCAUACUAGAUAAUGUUCCCCUAUCUCCGCGCCCGCCGAUGGAGCGGUCACCUAGUAGGCCGAACUCUACCUCCACAUCUCCUGAAAGACGACCGAAAGAACGUGUCCGUAGCGUUGGUAAUGGAACACCCGCUGUUGCAGUCGCCCAGGGUUGCUUAAAAUCUCCAACGUGGAAGACCGAUUCUAUGUCAUCUACUGACUCGCUCCGGUCAACAUCGUCUUCUUCACUCAAAACUCGCGCCAAAAGCUGGACUGCUGCUAUAUCAGAGCUGAGUCCUGAAGCGAAGGCGCUCACUGAGAAACUGGAAGAGCAUGCUGAUGAACAAAACAAACAUGGUCUAUAUCCCUCUGCAUACGACCGACCCGCACCAAAACCGCGAGUAAAAUCUGCACUCGCCGAACUUCCCCCUCUUAGACGAACAAACAUUAUGAUCGAUCCUCUACCCGUCUCAAAGGAGAAAGAGGCAGUUCUAUCGCGAACAAGACCAUCUUGGCUACCACCCAAAGAUCCAGCCGAAGAGAGGAGACACAUUAAGGAGUACCAGAAGAUGAUGGCUAGUAGUGUUGAGGCAGACAAGAAGCGAGAAGCUGUGCGCAAGAGCAGAGAGCGCACCAAGGAUAAUGCCGCCAAAGCACUUAUGCAAGUAUGGGAAGAAGACGUCAUGAAGAGAUGGGAUGCUGCUAUUCGCGAGAGACGAACUAGAGAAUUAUGGUGGAAAGGCAUUGCGCCUCGCAGUCGGGGUGCCGUGUGGUCUCGAGCUAUUGGGAACGAAUUGGGAUUGACGGAGACGUCAUUCCAAGCAGCUCUGACAAGAGUUCGUGAAGUCGAGGAACGCUGCGCAACUGGCAAGGGUAGUGUUGAAGAUGAACGUAAGAUGGCCUGGUUUACUCAGAUCAAGACCGAUGUCCAGGAGCGGACUUGGGCCGACCUCAAGAUCUUCCAGGCUGGUGCUCCGUUGCACAAGGGCCUGAUCGACGUCCUUCAAGCCUACGCUAUGUACCGAAGUGACAUUGGUUACGUAUUCGGUUGUAAUACUAUCGCCGCAAUGCUCUUGCUUAACCUCGCUACUCCUGCCGCUGCCUUUGUCGCUCUCGCCAACGUGUUAAACCGUCCUCUUCUCUUUUCCUUUUAUGCUUCUGACAUUGGGGCUAAAACGUCAGCAUUCAAUCUUCUCCUACAGACCAUUGCCGCGAAAUCCCCACGACUUCAUAAGCAUCUUACAAAUUCGGAAUUGGGUCUUGAGCCGGAUGAUUACCUUGGCGAGAUAUUCACGUCUUGUUUCACCCGACAUUACAGCCUUGAUGAAUGUACUCGACUAUGGGACGUAUAUGUUUUCGAAGGAGACGCCGUCCUAAUCCGCGCAGCAGUUGCCUUAUUAUUGGACGUGGAAGCUUCUUUACUCAGCGCUAAUACCAUCGUUGAAGUGCGACAAGCUCUUGAAGGAAGGAGUAAACCCGACCAACAGGAAAAGGUUGACGCAUGGAUGGUUAGAGUCCGAGAAGCUGGCAAGGCGUAAAGCUUGUUAUCGUCAACCCUUGGUCUCUUUUGUUUUACGCUCAUAUGUCCAUAUUUCAAGAAAUAUUAGUUUCGGCAAGGUUAUUCCUGCGUACAUACGAGGUAUCCGGCGAGUAUCUUAAGAUACACAGGCCUAACGUGUAUCUAAGUGCCCUGCCAACCGAAUCUACUUAGGGGAGAAAGUUAGGGGUGCUAUAGGGGCGUUAAAAAAUGAAGGACCACUCUUGCGUCGAUGAAACGGGCGGACAAGAUCUUUGAAAUGAAUCACUCACGAAAUGGGAAAGGAACAUAGAAUCUUCGAGGCGAUGAACAGGACCGGAAAGGGAGGAGUUAAUUGCUAGUCUUGCCUACCACACAUCUACCGACCUCCUUACUGAUCAUCUUACAAUUUCUCUUCUUCCCUCACCUUUUUAUCUUUGUCUUCUUCAAGAUGGAUAAAUAGCCAUUUCCCGACGCGGAGAUGGGAUACCAUAUUAGUUAAUUUGAUGGAUUGUUCUCUCGAAUCUGCGUUGAUGUUUUGGUUUCCUUCUGUGUUCUCAUGAUGUAUCUUGUGAUAGGAAUUAUGACUUAAUUAUAUUGGAGCUGAAAUUGGUGGCUUAUUUUCAGUGUACCAAUCAUAUGUUAAUGCAUUUGAAAACACAUAGGUAACGACUCGCCAUUGUAUGGAAAAAUCGAU